GUCUCCUCACCGCGGGGUCAGCGCACUCACAGGGAGAGGAAGCAGGCAGCGAAACGCUGCUGAAUGUUAAUCGCGGACCUUUAUUCUCAAUCGCUGGACUAUCUUUAAAUUAAAAAAAAAAAAAAAAAAAAAACCUGAAACCUCAGGUCCCCAAAGAUGAGGGCGCAAAACCUCCAACAAAAAGCCCCCUCUGGACAAAUGCAUAAAUGAUCGCGCGAUGGACAGCUGAGGGCAAGUUGGACCUGGACUUUUUCCAUGCGCUCUUUGUGCGCGCUGGCCUCUUCCAUGCCAAGGACGCCUUUUGACAAGUGCAGGAGGUCCAGGCGUCCUAUUUGUGUGGCGAAACUGGGCGGUUUUCUUUGAUUCACAAAGCACAAAUAACUUGGCCAAGUGGACUUUACCUACGGACGUCUGCGCCUCGUAAUUUUGGAUACUCACAAGAAAAAAUGCUGGUCAGGAUCGUUUUUAUUUUCUGCUUCUUUGCUGGUGCUAGUUUUGGAGAUACUGAGUCCACAGAAUUGCAUGAUGAAGCUUGCAAAUCUUUGUGCACCUGUGAAGAAAAAGAUGGACUCUUGUACAUAAACUGUGAGGAGAGAAACAUAAGCAAAAUCUCAGAUGUGCAAGUAACACCAGAUAUACCUUUCCAUCUAAAUCUAUAUAAAAAUGAUUUAGUGGAAUUACUUGCAGAGGAUAUGGAUGCUUUAAAGAAUGCUGUCACCUUACAUCUAGGUGCCAACAGCAUUCAGGAACUAGAACCUGGGGUGUUCAGUGCUUUGGGAUCCCUAAGAAAGCUUCACAUCAACAGCAAUUUCUUGGUGAUGUUGAAGGAGGACACAUUUAAUGGCUUGGUCAAUUUGGAAUACCUUCAGGCCGACACAAACUUCAUCCGGGUCGUGGAACCUGGGGCCUUCAGCAAGCUUGUGCGUCUUAAAGUACUGAUCCUCAACGACAACUCCAUCGAGUUCCUUCCGAGCAACAUUUUCCGCUUCGUGCCUCUGACACAUUUGGAUCUGCGUGGGAACAAGCUACAAACACUACCCUAUGUAGGUUUCCUGGAGCACAUUGGUCGGAUUAUGGAGCUUCUACUGGAGGACAAUGACUGGGUGUGUGAUUGUGAAAUACUACAUUUGAAGGUUUGGAUUGAGAACAUGCGAGCACAGUCAUCCAUUGGUGAGGUGGUUUGCAGCAGCCCCCAUCAUCUUAGGGGCACCACUUUGUCCAAGGUGAAAAGGGAUGUACUUUGCCCCUCCCAUGCUGAUAUUAACCUUGAAGAGCCCUCUAAGUCCCUAGACAUGGUUGUCACUCCGUCCACCAAAGUUGUUCAGAUGCCCAAUGCCAAAGAUGAUGCAAAGCUCCCCACACCUGCAAAUGGCCUCGGGACAUUUUGCGUAUCAAUGUGCUCUUGUCACAGUCACCCAAGUGAGGGUGUUUUAAUGCACUGUGAGGACCGAGGCAUUCACAGGAUAUCUGAUCUGGGAAUCCUGGAACAAAGCCCAACAAAGCUUGUUCUAACAGGGAAUAUGAUACAAAGGCUUUUGAAAUACGACUUUGUGACAUACGACAGUUUGGAAUUGCUAAAUUUGGCAAACAACCAAAUAGACUACAUCGACAGUGAGACCUUUCUGAGUUUGAGCAAUCUGAGAAAGCUGUACCUCAAUGGAAACCAGAUUGAGAAAAUCUCUGUGACUAUGUUUCUUGGCCUUCACAACCUGGAAUACUUGUAUUUGGAGAAUAACAUCAUCGAAGAGAUUGAAGCGGGAUCAUUCAACCCUUUAACAAAUUUGAAGCUUCUGUACCUCAAUAACAAUCUACUCAACACUCUCCCGGCCCAAAUAUUUCGGAAUGUACCCUUGAUAAAGUUGAACCUACGCAAAAAUGUUUUUAUGCACCUACCAGUGAGCAAUGUGUUGGACCAGCUCAGCUACUUAGAGCAAAUCUAUCUUGAGGACAAUCCUUGGGACUGUAGCUGUGACAUGGUGAGCCUCAAACAGUGGGUUGACAAUCUUAGUAAAGACACUGUGGUGGGGACCAUCUUAUGCCACACUCCUAGAAAGCUGUUAAGUGCUGAGGUAAGAAUCCUGAAGCAUGAUGUUCUCUGCCCCGGUUUGGUUACCUUGCCUGAAGGAACCGAGAAUGGUCUCCCUUUCACAGAUGCACCAGAUGGUGGUACCAGCAGUUUCUUUCGAUCUUUGACAGAUGCUGUGCCACUUUCGGUGCUCAUACUCUGCCUUCUCAUUCUCUUGCUAACUGUUAUCUUCUGUUCUGCUGGGAUUGUUGUGUUUGUGUUACACCGUCGGCGAAAAAAAGCCAAGAAGAAGCAGGCUGAGGAACAACCUCAUGAGAGCAGUUCUGUACAACUUCAUUACAGCAUGUACAGCCAGAAGACCACCCACCACGUAACAGAGAGGCAAGGAACUGGCAUGUAUGAUGAACAGUCCUGUAGCCCCAUCGUUCAGGUCUGCAGGAACCCUAGUUACUGCUCUCAGCACAAAGAAUAUGAGCUAGAAGAGUACGAUACAGAGAAACCGAAGCAUAUUUGCCACAUCAUCCUUGACAAGGAAAACGAAUCCCUCCUCACAGGAAACAAAGUGAAGUUCAGGGCUGUUGCUGACUGCCCUGCUGAGUUUGGGAGUUUGGGAGACGCAAGCUCCUUGUACAAGAAUAUCUUAGAAAGGGAACGGGAUCUUCAACAGCUCAGCUUCACCGAAUAUCUCAGGAAAAACAUCUCACAGCUUCAGCCAACUGCGGACAUGCAAGUCCCAAACUAUCAAAAGGAGUUAAAACUAAUGGAGACUCUCGUUUACACAAGGCCACGAAAACUCAUGAUGGAACAGACUAAGAAUGAGUACUUUGAACUCAAGGCCAACUUACAUGCCGAACCAGACUACUUAGAGGUUUUAGAGCAUCGAACGACUUUCAACUGAGAUAAGUACAUUGUAACAAUAUACUUUGAUUUGACACAAUACUCUAAGUGCCUUAACAGUUCAUAAUGAGUUCUGAUUUUGCCUGAAAGACAAAUAAUAUGGCAUCGUCAGAGCAGAGGCAACUCUUAUAAUACAAUAAUUUAAGGUGGACACAAUAUCUAAUUCCAGUUGUUUCUUGGACUUUUAAAGUUACCAUUCAAUGGGACAUCACAGUUGUUAACAAAUACAGAUAUUUGGCAGCAGUUUGGUUUUAUCAUGUUCAUAAUACCAGAACAGUUGUAAUACAAUGUAGUUAAUGUAUUCUCUUUAUUUUUCGUACAUGGAAAUAAUGACUAUUACAGAAUCACACAUUUCUAUUUGUGUCUUUAUUAUUUAUGUGACAGAUCUGUAAAGCCCUGCUAACCUGUAGCAAUGGAAAAUACUAAAGGUAUUAUUUUUUUUCUGUCAGACAGAAACAUUUAUUGCUAGUUAAAACAUUCCCUGAUUUGUUAUGUUUUGAUUUAAAUAUGCCCAGCACAGUUUUGGUCUACCUAGUCUCAUAGAAACACAUAACUAUACCUACAUUUUAGUUUUAUGUGGCUCGUUGUUUGGAUCAAGGCAGUUUCCAGGUAAAAUGAACACCAGAAGUGCUACAACAACAAUGACUUUAAUUCCCUUCCACACAAAUCACAAGUAAAAUGGCACAUUAUCAGUUUAUAAAUACUUACUUUUCGAGUGACUUGAAAGGUGGUAUGUUUGCAUUACAUUACCAAUACCAUUACAUACAUACCAAUUUGCUCUGAAGCUCAACUAACUGAGCAUUGCAUUUACGAUGCUAAAGACCUGGUAAUGAGUCCUGAAGAGCACGCAAGUUGACUCACGAGUCGGAAAUGUCACGUAAGCGCCACAAAAUAAUGUGAUUGCUAAAUAACGAAGCAAUUGCAUUUCUCAUCUCAAAUUUACUCUUUAUGACACUAUUGGUUAGGUUUAGGUAUAAGGUUUUGGGUGGGGAGGUCAGUUUUGAUGAUUUGAAACUCGAUAGAGCAUCUGUUUGGGAGAGAAUUUAAUUUGCUUUUAGCACUACACAGUGGACAUUUCACUUCAAAAUUGUUGCAAUACGUGUAAGGAGCCACAUGAUUUUGCAAAAAUGUCACCACAGUCACUUUUUUUAUUUUCUUUUAAUUUUUUUCAUGAAAUCAGGCUCGUUUCUGUUCAUUAAAUGUUAAAAUGUUAGUGGUAUCUAGAUGUUAAGAAUGCUAAAUAUUUCAUAUAAAUAAAACAUCUAAUGUUUCGACCUUGAGGUUAGACAUGCGGUGGACCCUUUUACUGUGGCUAAAAUUUGCCCCUCACCUGGAAUUCUCAAUAUGCCUGGAGAGUUAGUUCACAAAUUAUAUCAUACAAACCUUCUUGCUCAUUAGCUCCACCACUUCUGAUAUGGUCAAAAACUAUGUUGGGCAUCCUUGGAGAAAAUAUAAAAGAAUUGCACUACUUAAAAUACCAUUUAAAGCUUGUUGAUGACAAUCACACACUGUGGGGCCACACCAUAUAUGCCAUUUUUCUCUAGGAUACCCAAGUAGUGUAACUUCUGGUUUGUAUAAUAAUGUUGUUUAAAGUUCCUUCUAAAUACACAAAUCAUAUCUAACUAUUUUCAUUCAGCAUGAUGACUAUGAAGGGUGUUUUAUCUUCAUUAUCCGGCUGGAGAUAUAUAUAUAUAUAUAUAUAUAUAUAUAUUAGAUGUAUAGAGAACAUUUGCAAACACAUUAUUGUGUUAUGCCUUGAGUUGUUUUACUGUAUGGAAGAGCACCAUAGCUUUAUUUUGUAUCGAUGUAGAUGAAACUUAUUUAUUCUGUAUAUUUGUGCAUAAUUUAACAUUUAUAUGUUUGUGUGCCUUUAAUGUGGUACCAAUUAAGCUGUAAAUAAACAAAAUAAUUUGAGUGUAUUGCAAUAGUAUGGCCUGUUAAUUGACCAAAAUAGUGCAGUGUACAGGUGAAUAAGUGUCUUAAAUAAAAAAAAUAAAAAAUAAAAAACAACAUCAUUGACAACAAUAGGGAAAGAAGAAAAUCAAUAUCUACUAAUAUUAAUGGGUACACUGUUAAUAGUAUAUUCAGUGAACUGAAAUCUGGUACAACCAUGUCAUGAAUAUUUAAUCUAUUACAGUAGUUCUCAACUGGUGGAUCUGUUCUUGCAGACAGCAGAAAAAAAAAAAAAAAAAAAAAAAAACAUUAAUCAUGCAUGGCUAGGACAGCAAAAUAAAUAGGCCUAUUAACUUUUAAGAAGGAGAAAAUACCCACAUAUUUUGUUGUUCAUGUCAAAGUUCGAGCAUCCAAACAAAUGGUG